AUGUUCACUGAAAUUGGCCUGUGCAUUAAAUAUUCGCUAGAUCUCAAACAUGAGAAUAUCCUUGUCUCAAAUAUCAACUCGGAGGAGCCUACAGUAAAGUUGGCAGAUCUUGGAGCAACAAUACCCGAUGGUUUCAAUGAUGAAAGGAUACAGCCAAUAGCCUGUCGAGCACCAGAGCUAACGGAUUGCUUAUCCCGUACUUCCAUCUUUGGCAUACACGAUGACCCUCUAGGAAUAGGCGAACAUUGGGCCGUCGCGAAGCUCUUCCGCCUAAUCAAUGGUCUACCUUCUCCUGUUGAUAGAUACCGCGAGUCAGAGUGGGAGCUGGCAGAAAAGCUAGUUGAUCCACAAUAUGGUUAUAUGAAAGUUGGUACAAUGGACAAGGAAAUCAGGAAGUUGUAUUUGCCAGAAGUCAUGGCUGAUUUUAUCAUGUCCCUACUUGUUGUGGAUGAUGAGAAGAGGCCAACAGCUCAGGAGGCAUUAAAACAUCCAUUCUUUCAUACGAGGUUUUGA